CGCAGUUGUCGGCAGAGCCAAAGCCAGUAGCUGUAGCUGAGAGACAUUGAAUGACUUUGUACCCGUCUCUGGCAGGGUAAAGAAAGUUGUCUUUUGACAGGUCGGUAUUAGUAUCGAAGCUAAUGGAGGCCCUUAUACCUGUCAUAAACAAGCUGCAAGAUGUAUUUAAUACGGUCGGCGCAGAUAUAAUUCAACUGCCGCAGAUAGUUGUCGUGGGAACUCAGAGCAGUGGGAAGAGUUCUGUUUUAGAGAGCCUGGUUGGAAGGGACAUCCUGCCACGCGGCACUGGUGUCGUCACACGGCGGCCCCUCAUCCUACAGCUUGUGCACAUUGAUGCAGACGACCGCAGGAAAACCAGUGAAGAGAAUGAAUCCAAGAAAAAUGGACGCCUUUACAGAGGCAUCGAUGGAGAGGAAUGGGGCAAAUUCCUACACACCAAAAACAAGAUCUACACAGACUUUGAAGAGAUCAGGCAAGAAAUUGAAGCAGAAACGGAAAGAAUUUCUGGCAAUAACAAGGGUAUUAGUGAUGAACCUAUUCACCUGAAAAUAUUCUCACCAUAUGUUGUCAACCUCACACUGGUGGAUCUUCCUGGCAUUACAAAGGUGCCUGUGGGAGACCAGCCCAAAGACAUCGAGAUCCAGAUCAGAGAGCUGAUCCUCAAGUACAUCUCAAACCCCAACUCCAUCAUCCUUGCUGUGACUGCUGCCAACACAGACAUGGCGACGUCAGAGGCCCUUAAAGUGGCCCGCGAGGUUGACCCUGAUGGUAGGAGGACACUAGCGGUGGUGACCAAGCUGGAUCUGAUGGAUGCCGGUACAGAUGCCAUGGACAUAUUGAUGGGCAGAGUCAUUCCUGUCAAACUGGGCAUUAUCGGAGUAGUCAACAGGAGUCAGCUCGAUAUCAAUCAAAAGAAGUCGGUGGCAGAUGCGAUCCGUGAUGAAUAUGCCUUCCUACAAAAGAAGUACCCCUCCCUCGCUAACAGGAAUGGAACCAAAUAUCUGGCCAGAACAUUGAACAGGUUACUGAUGCACCACAUCAGAGACUGUCUCCCUGAGCUGAAGACGAGGAUCAAUGUGCUGGCAGCCCAGUACCAGUCUUUACUCAAUAGUUACGGUGAACCUGUCGAUGACAAGAGCGCCACGUUGCUGCAGCUCAUCACCAAGUUUGCAGCAGAGUACUGCAACACCAUAGAGGGCACUGCCAAGUACAUCGAGACAGCUGAACUAUGCGGUGGAGCAAGAAUCUGUUAUAUAUUUCAUGAGACGUUUGGUCGCACAUUGGAGUCAGUAGACCCACUGGGUGGUCUGACAACCAUUGAUGUGCUCACAGCAAUCAGAAAUGCAACAGGCCCGAGGCCUGCUUUAUUCGUGCCUGAGGUUUCGUUUGAAUUGCUGGUGAAGAGGCAGGUCAAACGUCUGGAGGAGCCCAGUCUUCGCUGUGUGGAGUUGGUUCAUGAGGAGAUGCAGAGGAUCAUCCAACACUGCAGCAACUACAGCACACAGGAGUUGCUGAGGUUUCCAAAGCUCCACGAUGCCAUAGUAGAAGUGGUCACCUCCUUACUAAGAAAGAGACUCCCUGUCACCAAUGAAAUGGUUCAUAACCUUGUUGCCAUCGAGCUGGCCUAUAUCAACACAAAGCACCCUGACUUUGCUGAUGCCUGCGGUCUCAUGAACAACAACAUAGAAGAGCAGAGACGCAACAGAAUGAGAGACCUGCCCUCUGCUGUCCCCAGAGACAAGUCCCUUAGAGGCCCAGGUGGGCAAUCUCUCUCCCCCACUGAGCCUCCUGCCCCUGAGGGCGAGGUCGCAAAGGCAGCAGCUGGUUCUCAGAGCGGCUCUGUCAGCGAGCAGAUAGACGGUGGGACAGGGAACUGGAGGGGAAUGUUGAAGAAGGGAGAGGAGGGUACAGCUGGUGACAGGGCUGUGCCCCUAAAUCCAUUUCCUGCAAGCCCACAGAGGGGCCAUGCUGUCAACCUCCUAGAUGUGCCUGUUCCAGUGUCCAGGAAGUUGUCGGCUCGGGAGCAGAGGGACUGUGAGGUUAUCGAGAGGCUCAUCAAGUCAUACUUCCUUAUCGUGCGGAAAAACAUCCAAGACAGUGUACCAAAAGCAGUGAUGCACUUCCUGGUGAACCAUGUGAAGGACUGCCUGCAGAGUGAGCUGGUGGGUCAGUUAUACAAGACAGCCCUGCUGGACGAUCUGCUGACAGAGUCUGAGGACAUGGCCCAGAGACGCAACGAGGCUGCUGACAUGCUCAAGGCACUGCAGAAAGCCAGCCAGGUGAUAGCGGAGAUCAGAGAAACCCACAUGUGGUGAGGGCUGCCUCUCUUCAGCAGGUUCCCUUCAUCCCUCAUGGACCAUCCAACCCCCUGCAACCCCCGCCCCCCCUCCCCCAAGCCGAGUCUCCCAGCACUUUGGACUGCUGAGUCAGAACAACCUGAAAAUGCACUGGUGUGGAUAUGUGUAUAUCUAAACAUAGUUUUAAUGUACAGUAAGGACUUGGAUUCAAUGAAGGGUGGAACAUAUCACCAUCUGCAUCACACAUGCCCCUGUCCUAGAUUGUUAUAUUUUUCUUAUGUAAUUAAAACAAUAAAUAUAUAGAUCAUGUUGUGCAUCACCACUAUGUGGAUCCCUGCUGAGGAAUGUCUGCUCUUAAUGUAGAUUUGAAUUAAAGCUAGAAAUGACAAACACAUGCUACAACAUGUAGAUGCUCUCUGUAUCAAGUAAAUUCUUUCAUUAGCUGGUUACAAAAUACUGUAUCCACUGCUAAUUUUUCCAAAGAAAUGUACUUAACUUAGAUAUUUUUAUUGUGGAAAUACCCUACCAUUUUUACACACUCUUCUGUUUCCUGUUAAUAACAAUAUUACAAAGCUAAAUUAGAUCCAUUUUUGUCUCUGUGUUUACAUGUCCUUACACAGUAAGCUCUCUUACAUUCUUAGCGGUUUCAGUAUCUUCAGUGAGGUGUUUGUGUGAUAUUUUGUAUGAAUAUGUUCUGUUCCUGAAGUGUAUGUUGGACAAAAUUACAC